UUAUAACAGAACAUGGCCUAGAGGACAGACAGCUGUUUAACGUGAGAGGCUCAGCCAUGUUAGGACUGUAUGCCUGGCAGUCCUAACAUGGUGGCGGCAGGGUAGCCUAGUGGUUAGAGUGUAGGGACGGCAGGGUAGCCUAGUGGUUAGAGUGUAGGGACGGCAGGGUAGCCUAGUGGUUAGAGUGUAGGGACGGCAGGGUAGCCUAGUGGUUAGAGUGUAGGGACGGCAGGGUAGCCUAGUGGUUACACCAUGCCCACAGACAACGCCCACUAGAGUUAAUGAUUCCACCUCUUCCUUUUAAACGGAGGUGUGUGAGAGGUGUGUGUCAUUUAUUUGAGCUGUGAGGUGCUGGUGAGACACAUCCUUCUGUUGCCCAGCAGUGUGCAACUCCUCCUCCUCAGCCGUGGUGUUGAUAGAUACUAAUACCACAAAGGCAAUACCACAUACAGGGUUCUCCCAGGGAUCUUUUUUAACAAAGAGGUGCUACUGAGUACAGCGGGAUGGAGGACAUUUCCUGCACUCUAAAGCAAAGAUAUACUCCAUUCGGGUGUGGUGCCAGGCCUUAAAUGAUUACAAAUAAUGUUUUUUUAAAUGACAGUGGCGCAACCAGUCCACAAGGUGGCGUAGUGCAACUCUUCCAUUCUUUGAGGAGAACCCGGACAUAGAAAGAUUAUACGGACUAGUCAUGGCUUCUGUUCGGUUGUCCAGGUCUCAGAGAUUCUUCAAGAACUUCUCUCUGAUCCUCCUGAGUGGAUCCGUCUCUCUGCUCCUGUGGGCCGCUCUCAGACGCCCGCCGGUCUCUGACAGGAGUCCUCUCCCCGCUCUGGACCUCCUGCCCCUGGACUACGCUGCCGACCUGCCGGCCUGCUCAGCCAUCAUCCAGGGAGACCUGGACGGUCUGGAGAGGAAGCAGCUCAGCCUCCUGCUGAAGACCAUGAAGAAACAGCAGCUGCUGUCAGAGGCCUUCUACCACAACGUGACUCAGGACUGUCAGAGGUACAUCACAGAAAGAGAGUUCAUCAACGUUCCUCUCAGUCAGGAGGAGAAGGAGUUCCCCAUCGCCUACUCCAUGGUCAUACACGACAACAUUGAGAUGUUUGAGCGGCUCCUGCGUGCCCUGUACACUCCUCAGAACGUGUACUGCGUCCACAUCGACCAGAAGUCAUCGGAGGCCUUCAGGACGGCAGUGAGGGCCAUCGUGUCCUGUCUGACUAAUGUGUUUGUGGCCAGUAAGUUAGAGAGUGUGGUAUACGCCUCCUGGUCCAGAGUGCAGGCUGAUCUGAACUGUAUGGAGGAUCUCCUGAAGUCACCUGUCCAGUGGAGGUACCUGAUCAACACCUGUGGAACAGACUUCCCCAUUAAGACCAACGCUGAGAUGGUUCAGGCCCUCAAGCUGCAGAACGGUAGGAACAGCAUGGAGUCAGAGACCACAGACGACUAUAAAAACAGCAGAUGGCAGUUUCACCACAAAAUCACCAGCAACAUGGUGGUCAAGACGAACGUUAGGAAGAGCCCUCCUCCAAUCAGCACCCCUAUGUUUUCUGGCAACGCCUACUUCCUGGUGUCCAGGGCCUUUGUCCGUCACGUGAUGAAGUCUCAGGAGGUCCGGGCGCUGUUGGAGUGGGAGAAGGACACCUACAGUCCUGAUGAACACCUGUGGGCCACCCUGCAGCGCAUGCCCUCUGUGCCAGGAUCUAACCCUCCGCACAUCAAGUACCAUGAAUCAGACAUGAACGCCAUUGCGCGCAUUGUGAAGUGGCGUCCCCUGGAAGGAGAUGUGAGGAACGGAGCCCCAUAUCCACCCUGCUCGGGUGUCUACAGGAGGUCCAUUUGUGUCUACGGGGCUGGAGAUCUCAGGUGGCUCCUACAACAUCACCACCUCAUCGCUAACAAGUUUGACCCUGAGGUGGAUGAUGUGGCUAUCAGGUGUCUGGAGUCGUACCUGCGCUUCAAAGCUACAUACCGUGUUUCACGAAGGACAGUGGAAUCUGAGAGGAUCUUACAAAAACUAUGAAAUGGUAAAAGUUGUAAAUAUGUUAAUGUACAUUUAUUUGAAAUAUGUUUUGAAAUGUUGUAUAUUUCUGGUGGUACUGUAGAUAGGGUUGUACAUACAGUAACAUAGGUUUUAUUUCAAAUAUACCCUGAGUGUACAAAACAUUAGGAACACCUUCCGAAUAUUGAGUUGCACCCGCUUCCGCCCCCAGAUCGGCCUCAAUCCUCUGGGCAUGGACUCUACAAGGUGUCGAAGGCGUUCCACAGGGAGGCUGGCCCAUGUUGACUCCAAUGCUUCCUACAGUUGUGUCAGGUUGGCUGGAUGUCCUUUGGGUGGUGGACCAUUCUCGAUACACACAGCAAGCUGUUGAGCGUGGAAAACACAGCAGCGUUGCAGUUCUUGGCACACUCAAACCGGUGCGCCUGGCACCUACUACCAAACUCUGUUCAAAGGCGCUUAAAUCCUUCGUCUUGCCCAUUUACCCUCUGAAUGGCACACAUAUACAAUCCAUGUCUCAACUGUCUCAAGGCUUAAAAAUCCUCCUUUAACCCGUCUCCUCCCCUUCAUCUACACUGAUUGAAGUGGAUUUAACAACUGACGUCAAUAAGGGAUCAUAUCUUUCACCAGGAUUCACCUGGUCAGUCUGUUCUGGAAAGAGCAGGUUUUGUCAAUUCAGUGUAUUUGAUAUAUUUCUGAUUUGCACUGUAUAUUUCUGAUUGUACUAUGUAGUUCUGAUUGUACUGUGUAGUUCUGAUUGUACUGUGUAGUCCUGAUUGUAUUGUGUAGUCCUGAUUGUACUAUGUAGUUCUGAUUGUACUAUGUAGUUCUGAUUGUACUAUGUAGUUCUGAUUGUACUAUGUAGUUCUGAUUGUACUGUGUAGUUCUGAUUGUACUAUGUAGUUCUGAUUGUACUAUGUAGUUCUGAUUGUACUGUGUAGUUCUGAUUGUAUUGUGUAGUUCUGAUUGUACUGUGUAGUUCUGAUUGUACUAUGUAGUUCUGAUUGUACUAUGUAGUUCUGAUUGUAUUGUGUAGUUCUGAUUGUACUG